CCACUUUCACCAUGAGACCUGAACAUGAAAAUCAAUGCUGGCUUACCGGUGCAAUGCUCUCAAAACUACUGCUGUUACAUCAAGUCCCAGUAUACUUAGGUAGCGGUUCACUGGAGCGGUGAGUAAACAAUUCCACUAGCGGUGUUUAUUACGGUCAAUCCUAUACCCCGGUAUCAUUCAUUUUCGGCGCAUCACCUGGACGCGGGUCACAUGUCCGCCUGCAAUCAGCGCCAGGUGUCCGCCGCGCUGUCCCACCCGGACCCGGAUAAAUAGCGCGCGCCCCCUUCCCGCUGCUUCCAUUUACAGCGGGUUCACGCUCUGUCUCUUGCAAACGGGGACGAUGCAACAACACAAGACGGACACCGCCCGGACGGGCGAGCUUUGGACCAUGGCGCGUGUACUGCUGAUAUUUGGGUGAGUUUUUGUCAUUCGACGGUGGCAGGGUUUGUGAGCAGCGCCGGGGUUUGCCGUCCCACUGAUGGGCGCUCGUUUAUUUUACAGGGUGGUGGUGGCGACGGUCGCGGCAGCUCCUGACAGGGGGAUACAAAGUGCGCCUGCAGGCUUUGUGAAGACUGAAUGCCGAGACAGUGUAUUUUGGGUCGGACUGGACAAGCGCUUUCUCGCUGGGAAACUGUGGCAGAUUAACGUCGUCGAUCAGUCGGGUUAUAUAUUCUCCGUAACACCAAGAUUUGCAUCGCAGUGUGGUUACACAAUUUCAGUAGAUUACUGGAAUGUUGAAUUCCGUGCAUCUGUCCUCAGCUGUGGUGUGCAAAUACUGAAUGAUGAGCAGUUUAAUCUGACCAUACAAAUACAAGUGUCAGGACCUGCCUCCAGAGCUGCAACAUACAUUGAAACUCUAUCUUGUAUGUACUCUCCAUGGGCUGAAAGGGAAAUCUUCUGUGAAGAAAACUACAUGCAGGUCUCUGUACAAAGAAAGAUACCGACCAUAGAGGAGGAUUACGCUCAAGAUGCUGAAGAUUGGGCUUUAGCAUUUCCUGAAGCAGUCGGAGGAGAAACUGGAAUAUGGCAAGUGGUAUUUCACACUUCCAGUGGUAAAGUGAGUAAGACCGUGAAAGAAGCACAUCAGCUAAAUUACGGAAUCAACACCACAGUGUCUCGUAUCUUGCUCCGUGCUCCUUAUCAUACAAAAGAAGCUGAAGUCGUUUUGGUCCAAGGUGUUCCCUUGUCUGUUAUCAAAUCAACAAGCUUCUACAAACAGCAUUGGAUCAUUCUGUUAAUUGACACUGCAGUGGCUUGUCCUCUUGGUGAUAUUUCAUUUGUGGAUGACCUAAUCACCUGGACAUUGCCAAGAAUAUUCACUCCAAUUGUGACCAGUGCAGUUCUUAAAGACAACAGUUCUAUGGGAGUAAAUGGUAUCAAAUUGGAUCCUGAAAUAAUGACAGAAAGAAAUUAUUCUUUGGAUAAAAAUGACACUGCACUUGCUGUAAAGGUUCCAAUUGGAGCACAAGAUGGACACUACAAGAGCCAUGUAAUGGAUGGCCAGUAUGGCAUCAAGUAUAGCAUUAAUCUGUUUUUGGAACACGUGUGGGAAGAUGAAACCUGGGGAAUGAAUAAAAUGAAUGUGAUAUAUCCAGCCACCACUCCCUUUAUUCCUAAGCCUCUGGUUCUCACUGAUGAUACCAAACCUGAACAAUGGCUAUUCAAUGUAUCAUUGGGCAAUUUUCUUCCUGAUGUGGAACUGCACAAACUCACUCUUGGUUCUCAGUCCUUUUCUGUGGAUGAACCAAACCAGUUGUUUGAUGUUUACAAUGCGACUACCCCAAAUGAGACGACCCUUGAUAAAAUAUUUGUUCUUGAAGUUCCAAUGGAGUCUCCAGUCGUUGAUAGGAAGUAUAUAGGAGAUGGUGUUGAACAAUAUACCCUUGACAUCAUCUACACCUUGGCUGUCGUGCCAGAAGAUGAAAUGUUCACCUAUGUAGCUCAAUUAGUACACAAGCACAACAUAGUACUUCCAGUGGCAAGUGGCUUUUGUGACCAGGAAAAUGUGACUUUACUGAUUACACACGGAACUUUGGAUCAAUAUUGGAUCCCUUUCAUUGGAAACGUGCAGCUCUCUCUACACUCUGAACAUGAUGGGUAUAUCUUGAGGGAGAAUGGUACCCACUUAACAAUCACUGUUCCACAUGAUUCACCUGAAGUUGUCCAUGAGGCAAUUAAUCACCAAGGCCUUCGGAGCAGAUUUGACUUCCAACUGAGGGAUAAUAAAACCUUCGAGGUGCUGAUGAACUUUUCUCUUUCCUGCAGCUUUCCUACUGCUGACUUCAUAAGAUGUUUCCCAAAUGGCUGGAUUAUGAUUACUGCUGUGAAACUUGGAAGACAGUUGAGAAUGGAUGCUAGCACAAUCGUGCUGAAAGACCAGACUUGCAAGGCAAAGGAAAGCAAGUUCGAAGCAGUCUUUGACUUUUCUGUGGAUUCCUGUGGCACAACGAGAAGGUUUGAGAAGAAUUACAUGAUCUAUGAGAAUGAAGUGGUGUACAUGGAUGCCAAAUCAACUAAAGAGCCAACCUUUCAACUUGCAAUAUCUUGUCGUUACCCCAUAAAUGAUUCUCUGCAUCUUCAGUUUGAACACCAAAUUAAUCCUCUGCCAGUUGUUGUACCUGGGAUGGGACCCAUCGUCUUGGUUAUGCAACUUGCCAAAGAUGAAUCCUAUACUACAUUGUACAAAAAAGAUGAAUAUCCAGUAGUGAAGUAUCUGGCUGUCCCCCUCUACUUUGAAGUGCAACUGCUGCACAAUGAAGAUCCACAAAUUGAGUUGUUCUUGCAAUCCUGCUGGGCAACUGCCUCACCAGGAAGAGACAGUAUUCCACAGUGGCCCAUCAUUGUCCAAAGCUGUGAGUAUGAAGCUGAUCUGCAAGUGACCAUCUUCCAUCGUGUUGUGAGGAAUGAGAGGGUGAGAUAUCCUAGCCAUGUGAAAAGAUUUGAAGUGAAGACAUUUGCAUUCAUCUUGGGAGAUCUCAAUACCUUGUUGCGAGAGGUGAGAAUUGCUAUCCACAUUAUGUUCAAACCCAGUGAGCAGUGUCUCACUAAUGUUUUCCUCCCUCAGGUGUACUUUCAUUGCAGUGUAGUUUUGUGCAAGAAGGACCCAAUUAACGAGUUUCUCUGUCCUGGUAAAUGUAUGCCAAGAAAACAACGAAUGGGUCGGAGUGUAGAUGGAGUGCACCAUUUGGAGGGAUCUGUAUCGUCGGGAGCAGUGCUCGUAGCAAAAUUUCCAAAUGUAGAGCAUGACAUGAGAGAUGCCCAAAUGGAAUUUUAUUCCUGGCCAGUGCUGCUGAUUGGAGGUGCAACAAUUAUUGUUAGUUCAAUUGCACUUGGAAUUGUUGGUCGUGUAUGUCAAAAAAGCAGUGACUCUGAUUAAAACAAGCUCUUAAUUGAAAUGUUUAUUACCCGAGUCUUCAGUUGCCUUUUAGUGUAAGUUUGCUGUGAAGGUAAUUUACUUUCUUGAACUUUGGGUUUUAUGAAAGAUGUGAAAAACUUCCAUCAAUGUCUAGUCCGUGGGCUGUUGCCUUUUGCAUCUGGCUUGGUGUUUAUGUGGAUUUUUUUAAUUUAAUCUAAUUUUCGAGGUGCCACUAUCCUGAACUAAAGUACCAUUGAAUUCCAUGUUGUCACUUGUGCUAAUUCCAAUAAACUUUCAAGCUCAACUUUUGAUAGACACAAAAUGUUGGAGUAACUCCUGUUGGAGCAUCUCUGGAGAGAAGGAAUGGGUAACAUUUCAGGUAGUGGCCCUUUGGACUUGAUUCCUAUUACUGACUUGGUGCCCUGUUUGGUAUUGCAUAACCUUGCUGGCCAUUUUCUGCUAUCCUAAAUUUUUCCUUGAGGCUAAAGUACCUAAAUCCCAUGAAUAUCCCUGGGUUU